AUGGCACGGACCCCAGAGCUGUAUGACACCCCUGCCUCCCGGCUGGACUCCUACGUGGCUCAGUGGCUGCAGCCCAGCCGCGAGUGGAAAGAGGAGGUCCUGGAGGCUGUGCAGACCGUGCAAAAGUUCCUGAGGGAAGAGCACUUUGAGGGGGAGCAUGGACUGGACCAAGAAGUGCGGGUGCUGAAGGUGGUCAAGGUGGGCUCCUUUGGGAACGGUACAGUGCUCAGGAGCACCGCGGAACUGGUGGUGUUCCUGAGCUGUUUCCACAGCUUUCAGGAGGAGGCCAAGCACCACCAAGCCAUUCUGAGUCUGAUAUGGAAAAAGCUGUGGGGUUGCCAGGACCUGCUGGCCCUCGGGCUCGAGGACAUGGAAAUAGUCCAAGGAGUCCCCGAUGCUCUCGUCUUCACCAUCCAGACCAGGAAGACCGCAGAGCUCGUCACUGUCACCAUCAUGCCUGCCUAUAGGGCCCUAGGGUCUUCUGUUUCCACAUCUCAGCCGCAGCCUGAGGUCUACGUGAGUCUGAUUGAGACCCACGGUUACCCAGGAAAUUUCUCCCCAUCCUUCAGCGAGCUGCAGAGAAACUUCGUGAAACAUCAGCCAACAAAACUGAAAAGUCUUCUGCGGCUGUUAAAACACUGGUACCAGCAGUACGUGAAAGCCAAGUGCCCAAGGGCUGCGCUGCCCCCUGUCUAUGCUCUUGAGCUGCUGACCAUCUAUGCCUGGGAGAUGGGUACUAAGGAGGAAGAGAGCUUCCGGCUGGACGAGGGCUUCACCACUGUGAUGGAACUGCUCCAGGAGUACCAGCUCCUCUGCAUCUACUGGACCAAAUACUACACAUUCCAGAACGCAGUCAUCAAGGGCUUCAUCAGAAAACAGCUCAAAAGAGACAGGCCCAUCAUCCUGGACCCGGCGGACCCCACCCACAAUGUGGCGGAAGGGUACAGAUGGGAUAUCGUUGCUCAGAGGGCCUCCCAGUGCCUGAAACAGAACUGUUGCUAUGACAACAGGGAGAAUCCAGUCCCCAGCUGGAUUGUGGAGAGGGCACGAGACAUCCAAGUGACAGUGGAACAGUGGGGUUACUCAGAUUUGACCCUCAGGGUGAACCCUUAUGAGCCCAUAAAGAAGGUUAAAGAGAAGAUCUGGCAGAGCCGGGGUUAUUUGGGCCAAUACCAUCUGUCCUUUCAGGACCCUGAUGGGAAGCGACAACUGCUCAAUAGCCGGUGCUCCUUUGCCUAUUAUGGUAUCUUCUCCAACAUCCACAUCCAUCUGAUGGAGACCAUCUCCCCUGAGAUCCAGGUCUUUGUGAGGCAUUCCAAUGGUGGGAGCCACACCUACACCACUGACCCCAAAAGCUUCAUCUUGGGCCUAAAGCAGCAGAUUGAAGAUAAGCAAGGGCUGCCCAGAAAGCAGCAGCUGCUGGAGUUCCAAGGCCAAGUCCUGCAGGAUUGGUUGUCUUUGUGGAGCUAUGGUAUCCGAAACGGUGACACCCUCCUCCUCUCCAAGAAGAGGGCUGGAAAGUUUCCUUUUCCGCCCAGCUAAUCCAGGACUCAGCAUAUCAGCCACUCCUUCCGGCUCUCUUCUGUAGAGCUCCCACGUCUUCACCAGCUUUGCAAAUAGUGAGCCUCGCCCCGCCAGUGGGGAAGUGAGGAGGGAUGAGAGACACGUGCUAUACCAUGGACAGUGGCCAGACCAUACAGGACAGUAGAAUUCUGACCCGCAGCCUCUGCAGUCCCCUAGCCCAGGAAGCCAAACCACCCCCUCUGUAGCAAGCAACCCCAAAUCGUCAAGACUUGGUCGAUCACUGCCAGCUUCCCUAAUUCUAUCUCACUUCCAACGUAGACCCAAACAGAAAAAUCCAGAUAAGACCCCUGACCAAUCACAUAGGAGGCCCUGUUUCUAAUUAGCUGCCUACCACUUCUACAUGCCAACAGCUUCAAUCAGAGUGUACCUGAAGCCUUCCCAUUUUUUCUGCUAUAAAGCUUUCCCUGUCUUGGAGUCUCGAAAGUUUACAAGGGAUGGUGGCUGACUUUCUUGCAGUAACAAGUUGGAAAUAAAUAACCUUUGUUUAUUCUCUUUGGGGGGAUCUUCAUCUCUUUCUAUGGGUGCUGAUGCUGUUCUUGCUUAAUCACUUGAGCCUCCUACCUCUGGGAGGUAAAGACUGCAGGGAACCUGAGACAGAGAGAGACAAAGUCCAGGACAGCAAGGACAAUGAAGUGUACAACAGUCCCUUCAACUCUGGAGGCGCACACACAAACAGUACAUAAUGGCCCAAGGACUUCAGGAAAAUAACAGUAUCUUUAUCAUCAGAGGAUAUCAUGUGACCAGGUUUACUCCAAUCAACCAGUAAAAAGUUUCCUUUUUCCUCUUCCCCUUUGCCCUGGUUUCUGAUGGACUACUCCCUUGCUAUAGAGUAUCAGAUGUACUUUAUGAUUGGAUCUCAACAGCCCCUGAGCAAUUUAUCAAUAGUAACCUAUUCCCUGCCAUUUUUUGCCUUAAGGGACAGAAUGUGUGCCUCCUUUCCAUAGGGUAGCCAGGCUAGUCCGCCCAUCUUUUAUCCUCGAUA